AUGCUGAAGAAUCCCGGCGAACUUCCACCGUUUCAAUAUUUCUUUACACAUUGGCACAGUCCCUUUCUCUCCCUCCGGAUCAAUACUCUACUGCAAAGUUCUGAUAUCAACUAUGCUGCCACCUACUGGGAGAGGAUUAAUAUUUUCUUUACUAGGUCAGUCAAGUCCUGUCAGCCACUCAGAUUGGCCUUUGUGGUUAACCAACGGCGAUUGUUCACAGGAAUACUUCCAAGCAUCCUUUCACCAGCCUUUGCUCAGCCUCCUUCAAGCCCUGCCAGCAUAUUCAUUUAUCCUCUGGGGUCGACCUCUGAGGAUUUUACAUUUGCACUGAAUAUACCCAAUGAUUCCACCGAUCUCUACUUUCACCUGUCUGGUCCGACCAGUUACUCGUGGGUUGCGGUCGGGACUGGAAGUGAGAUGCAGAACUCGCUCAUGAUGGUUAUUUAUGCUAGUACUAGCGGAAACAACGUCACCCUAAGCCCUCGUCUCAGCUCCGGCGAACAAGAGCCAGUUUAUUCAUCUUCACUGGCGGUCGAAAUCUUGGAAGGUACCAGCAUUUCAAACAAUACGAUGACUGUAAACGCGCGAUGCUCGAACUGCACAAACUGGGAGACCGGCUCAUUAGAUCUAAAAUCGACGGAUCAGUCGUGGAUAUUUGCUCUGGGGCCAAUUGGCAGUAAUGCUAGAAUGCUUCAAAGUGAUUCUAAAACGGCUAACUUAGAGCGGCAUUCUGAAUAUGGCCAAUUUUUCAUGGACAUGGUUCAUGCAACUGGUGGUUCAGGCGGACUGCCAACCUCCUACACCACUGCUGCCGGUUCGUCGCUCACUUCGGUCACAAGCGAUAGCAACUGGCCAAGUAUCAUCCACGCCCUAUGUCUCUGUGGAGCCUUCAUUCUCCUAAUGCCUAGCGGUGUUAUACUGCUCCGUGUGUUUCCAAAGAGUGUCCGGUGGCACUGGGUAAACCAAACAAUAUCCACUGGCCUCAGUCUUAUCGGCAUUGUCAUCGGCUUUUACCUCAGCACAAUGUUCACCAAGUCUCAAUCAUACGAUUCCACACACCAGAUUCUCGGCAUCAUAAUUCUUCUCGCGAUGUUAUUGCAAUUGGGCAUGGGUUUUUGGCACCAUUGGAUGUACAAGAGGACCCAGUCGCCGACCAGAUAUGGCAUCCUGCAUCGUUAUUUUGGAUGGGUUGUCAUAUUCCUUGCUAUCAUCAAUGGUGGCAUCGGGCUCACUUGGUCAUACACAUCAAGAUCCGUUGUGAUAGGAUACUCUGUUGCUGUCGCCACAAUUGGUCUAGCAGUUUUUGCGGCAGUGUCUUGGGCAAGAUGGACAUCAGUUCGCAGUCAGAAAGGUCACAUACGUGAACCUAUGGAUCUGCACAGGCUCCACACUGGGUAUCGUCUCAACGAUUCUUAUUCGCAGGCUGCGGACAGCCCACCACCUUACGAGUAG